ACAACCGGAAGUCACGUUGGAAACCCGGAAGUCUUCGGAGCACGUGAUUAUAGCCUCUUCCGGCAACCAUUAAAGGGCACGGUUGCUAGGGAGACGCGGCGGUAACCUAGACCUUGAAAGUUUGUUGUCGUUAGGGAAUAGGUGGGAAUAUGGUUGUGGGAUUAAUGAAACACAGUACCAAAGAGAUUCCAGAAAGAGAACUGGUGUAGGAAUAGGGCCUGCAUGGAAGGAGUUCAAAGAUGCUUCUUGGAGGGAGCCGAUAACCCGCGGGUGGAGCUUACCCGAGACAGGGCAUCACUGUGUUGCCAAGGCUGGUCUUGAACUCCUGGCUCAAGCAAUCUGCCCACCUCGGUCUCCCAAAGUGCUGGGAUUAGAGGAGUGAGCCACUGCGCCCUGCCUGGACAUCUUCACUGCUUCCAUCCACGAAAACUUCAGAAUCCAAUGAUCCAGGCCAGCCCAGUGCAAUCAACAGUGAGCCAAAUCAAAAAGCAGCUCACCUUCUACCUGAUAAUCCACACACAGGCUGGGAUCUGCUGGGUUCUACUAGGAGCUCUAUGAGGAAAUACCGUUCUCAUUUUACAGAAUUUAUGAUUUAUGAAUAUGCCUGUUAACAAACCACCUAUGAUUAAUACAUGUGGAGGCAUAUCUUCCCCUUAUCAUGAAGAGCUCUGGAAAUUAAAUUUUCAACAUUUAAGUGGAGAAAGGGGUCAUAAAUCAAGGCCAACAUUUUCAAUCACAAAAGAAUUCAUCUUGAGAUUCAAUCAAACACAAAAUUCCAAAGAGAAGGAAGAAUUGUUGGAACUAGCUAGAAAAAUCAUUCUCAGAUGUAAGAGAAAAUUGGGUCUCAAAACCCUGGGCUCUGGAAAGCAUGUGCAUCUUCCUGCUGCAUGGACUGAAGUAAUAUAUCUGGCUCAAUGCAAAGGGGAAAUCCAAGAUGAAGCUUUAAAUAUGCUUUAUGCAUCUCUGGACCAUGCUUCCUUUGAUUAUGAUCAUCUGCCUGCCUUAUUUUUUGUUGCGGAAUCGGUUUUAUACAGACUGUGUUGUGAUGCAUCCCUCAAAACAUAUUUAUAUUCAGUUGAAAUAAAGCUAGCAAAGAUUGGCUAUUUGGUCUUCUUACGACUUUUUAUAUUUUUCCUGCAUGGUCAUCUAGAAAGUUUUAAACAACAUUUACUUAGGCUUCAACCAUAUUUAUACGCACUUUCUUUCUCUGGAGCAUCAUAUCACAAGUAUCCAAACAUCUUUUCAAAUGUGCAAUUCAUCCUGAAAGCCUCGGAAAUUAUAGGUAAAAGAGAACUCCGUUCUGAAUCCAUUUUUAGCCCUGUGGAAGAUAAGAAAAGAUAUGAGAACACAGAUUCUGAUAUGGGAGGAUAUGAAAUUAACCACCUGCUCUGGCACUGUGUUGCUGCUUGGUCUUGUGUUCAGAAUAACAGUCCUCAGUUGAAUAACGUGCUUGAACAUCUCGUCUUCCAUAAGACACAGCUUCAAAAGAAAUGCUGGUUGGAUUCAGUACUGUCUUUACUGGUCCUUGGGGAGGCUGCCAAAUUAAACAUGGCCUGCUUGAAAGCUUUAAUGGACGUAGUGAGAGAUUUUGUUUCAAGCAUUAUGUCUGUUCAAAAUCAGGAAGAAAGUUGCAAGGUAGAUGAUUUUUCCUGGGCCUGGAAUGUAGUCUACAUAUAUACAGUAAUUCUUGCAGAAAUCUGCUUGUAUGCAGCCACUUCUGAUUUGCGAAAAACUGCUUUAAUUGGUUUCUGUCACUGUAAAAGUUCACAAAAAAAUAUUUUAUACUUGGACAAAUCAGUACCUCCAGAAUUAAAGGAAACAAGUAUUUUAAGUCUUUUGGAAUAUUUCUCUUCAAAAAUGUCAGAGAAUUGUGAUCAAGUAGUCUGGACUGGUUACUAUGGCUUAGUGUAUAACCUGGUGAAAAUUUCAUGGGAACUUCAAGGAGACGAAGAACAGGAUGGACUUAGAAACAUGAUAUGGCAAACAUUGCAGAAAACAAAGGAUUAUGAGGAAGAUGUACGAAUCCAAAAUGCAAUCAAUAUAGCUCAGGCUGAGUUAAAUGACCCAACUGAUCCUUUUACUAGAUAUAGUACAAAUAUUUCAUCAAAUGUAGGAGAAGAAGUUUUCUCCAAAUAUAUUGGGUGGAGAAUUGCCAACACUCUUUCCAAACUAUUCUUUCCCCCCAUUGAGGCCCAUUUUCUUCCUUUGAAGAAACCAUCAAUAAAACAGGAUCAAACAAAAUAUCCAAAUAAAAAACUGGAGUCUGUGAAAAAGCAAGUUCUACAUUUCACUGUAAGGGAACAUCCUUCUGUAUCAGAAAUUCCCAUGUUUCCAUAUCCAGAUUUCUUCACCAAGGCAGAUAAAGAGUUGGCAAAAAUCAUUGACCAUCACUGGCAGGAAGAGCUAAAGAUCCGAGAAAAAGAAGAUGCAAUAUGCAAGGCCCAAGAACUUAAAGAUAAAAAGUUAGCAGAGAAAAAUCACUUUCAAGAAGUUAUGAGGAAAAGAGAAGAGAAACUACAUAAGCAAACCAAGCCCUAUGAGCUUCCUUACAGGAAGGAAGUAAUUUCAUUAGAAAAGAAAAUGCCACCUCCCAAAAUUGAGGUCUACAUGGCAGAAAUACAUAGGAUGAAAAAUACCAAGAUAGCUACAAAGCAAGAGAACUUUCUUGUCAUUAAAUGGAGGUAUUGUUUAGAAAGAAUUUGUUAUCCUGAUACAAGCUGUUUAAUAGUUAUUUCUUAGUUCUAAAUUAAUGACCAACUUUUAAUCACACUUGAAUGAAGUGAUUUCACUAGUCAAAAAUUUCCAAGACUACAUCUAGUAUUUUUCUCAGUUGACAUUUAUCUUAUGAUGGUACAGCAUACUUGAUAACUGAUUCUCAGAACAUUGAUAUUCAUCAAACAGUUUGAUGGAAAUCCAUUACAAAUUAAUUAAUGAGUCACCAGAUAAGAAUUAUUUCUUGAAAACAGAAUGAACAUAAGCUAACAAUCCUGUAAUUACUAUUAUUCAAAUAAAAACAGUAUGGCAUCUUA